AUGAACUUUCUCGCAUCAUCCCAAUGUUUCCCUUCACUAUUUCCCCUCUUCAUACCGCAGCAUGGAUACGUCGUGCCCAAGUCGUCCGACAAUGUCGUUGUCUUCAUACCCCGCUCUGCUCUUAUAACCAUUAACUACCGCUCAUUUGGUGUCCCCCUCCGCCAACUUAUCCUGGGGAUCCAGGUAUGUCUACAUUUAGAGAUGAAUGGUUUCCACCGACUAAUUGUUCCCUUCAUGGAAACUCGCAGCGUUACGUGUCCUACCAUUAUGCCUGGCCCGAAAAAUAACGUUGGCCGACAUCGCCGUAAAAGGCGCCGCAGAUGUCCCUUGAACUUUAAUGCUGAUAUUGAAGCACCCACUAUCACUCCUCAUAAACGCACUGCCUCUGUUACUCUAGGAGAGACUGAACAUCCUCCAAAAAAGCGAAAGACAAAUUCGACAGUUGUGCACUUUUCUUCCGGAACAGACAAUGUGGAAACAGGUCCAGAGUCCUCAGUUCACGAUGCACAAGAACCAGAACCAUUGACCGAGAGAUUUGACCUAGCAGAUCCCAAUGCUGUUGAUGAUAAUGGAUUCUACGAGGUCGUCAAAAGAUCGGCCCUACCGGUCCUGCCCAUGAACGAUCCUAUUAAGGAACCCGAACCUGAAGCAACGGCCGAUGUGAGGUAUUUCUUUAAGGAUUUGAAAGACCAGUUUCCCCAAAAACGUCUUUGUCGUCUAUGCAAAAAAGUCUUCGCAGCCCAUGUGACAAAAUGUCGGCAGCACAUGGCAGCAGCUCAUAAGGCGAAUUAUUACAAGUAUUGCAACAGCCAUAACUUUGAAUCAAAAUUGACCAAGGAUCUCAAACGGAAGAAAAAUGCAGAUAACCUCAUGCAGACUGUGGAUCGGUCUCGUCUUCCAAGGGCUUCUCAUUACUUGAAGGAUGGGUUUACGCGACUUUGCUUAGGAUGGGGAGCUGCUACAGACCAGGCAAGUAACAUUUCUCACUGCAAUAUCUCCAUGAUGAAUCAAUCUAUCUCCAGCUGA